GGUCGCCCUGCAGGGCUGAGCUGGACCAAUGAAGAAAGGCAAGGGGCUGGCUUGCUUGUUCUCACGCCCCACCCUCAGACCGAGCCGGAGGAAAGUUUAUCGGAGUGAGGAGUGAACAUGGCAGCGCGUUGGUGGUUUUGGUGUGUCUCUGCGACCAUGGCGGUGGCGCUGCUGCUCGUUUAUGAGGUUCCUUCGGCCUCUGCCCAAAGAAAGAAGGAGAUGGUGUUAUCUGAAAAGGUUAGUCAGCUGAUGGAAUGGACCAAUAAAAGGCCUGUGAUAAGAAUGAAUGGAGACAAAUUCCGUCGCCUUGUUAAAGCCCCACCAAGAAAUUACUCCGUUAUUGUCAUGUUCACUGCUCUUCAACUUCAUAGACAGUGUGUCGUUUGCAAGCAAGCUGAUGAAGAAUUCCAGAUCCUGGCAAACUCCUGGCGAUACUCCAGUGCAUUCACCAACAGAAUAUUUUUUGCCAUGGUGGAUUUUGAUGAAGGCUCCGAUGUAUUUCAGAUGCUAAACAUGAAUUCAGCUCCAACUUUCAUCAACUUUCCUGCAAAAGGGAAACCCAAACGGGGUGAUACAUAUGAGUUGCAGGUGCGGGGUUUCUCAGCUGAGCAGAUUGCCCGGUGGAUCGCAGACAGAACUGAUGUCAAUAUUAGAGUAAUUAGACCCCCAAAUUAUGCUGGUCCCCUUAUGUUGGGAUUACUUUUGGCUGUUAUUGGUGGACUUGUGUAUCUUCGAAGGAGCAAUAUGGAAUUUCUCUUCAAUAAAACUGGAUGGGCUUUUGCAGCUUUGUGUUUUGUGCUUGCUAUGACAUCUGGUCAAAUGUGGAACCAUAUAAGAGGACCACCAUAUGCUCAUAAGAAUCCCCACACAGGACAUGUGAAUUAUAUCCAUGGAAGCAGCCAAGCCCAGUUUGUAGCUGAAACACACAUCGUUCUUCUAUUUAAUGGCGGGGUUACUUUAGGGAUGGUGCUUUUAUGUGAAGCUGCUACUUCUGACAUGGAUAUUGGAAAGCGAAAGAUAAUGUGUGUGGCUGGUAUUGGACUUGUUGUAUUAUUCUUCAGUUGGAUGCUCUCUAUUUUCAGAUCUAAAUAUCAUGGAUAUCCAUAUAGCUUUCUGAUGAGUUAAAAAGGAUCCCAGAGAUAUGUAGACACUGGAAUAAUGGAAAUUGAAAAGCAAAAAACAUGUAUUUGAAAGAAAAAUGCAACUUGUGUAUUUUGUAUUACCUCUUUUUUUCAUGUGAUUUAAAUAGUUAGUCAUUUAACCAAAGAAGAUGUGUAGUGCCUUAACAAGCAAUUGCCUGUCAGAAUCAUGAGGUAUUUGGAAAUGACUUACCUCUUAACCUUCCUUUCUCAGUGAACUUUAUGGAACAUUUAAUUUAAUAGAAUUAAGUAUAUUAUAAAAAUUUUAAAACUACUACUUUGUUUUAAUUAGAACAAAACUCAGAAUUGCUUCAGUUAACUUUUGGUCAUCUGAUUUCAUAUUGUUUUAUCCAAAGAUGGAGAAAGAAAGUCCUGACCAGGUGUUCACACGUAUGCCUAUUACAGAUACCUUCAUCAGGAAUUCAUUCUUACCUUUUCCAUCUUUGCAUGGAUGUGUAUACUUUACACAUCUUUCCUUUUGGGCAGAGGGAUCAUGUGUACUAUGUGGUCUUCUGAAUAUGGGAUACAAUUUUUCAGAGUAUACGUCUAGCCUUUAGAAAGACUAGUCAGUCUUUUUCCUCCUGCAUCUUUUCUACUGAAAUACAGUGCUAUCUAUGCUUCUUGAUAACUAUAGACAUUAAAAAGUAUCUCUAAAUACAGGAUUAUGAUUUCUGCAUGAGUAUGGUGUUAACUACCUUGUAUUUGGAAAGAUUGCAGAUUCAUUUUAUCUCCUUAGUUUUCUUUUAUUUAGGAUGGCUCAUCUCUAAUAAAAAUAUGGCUUAAUGCUAAAAUCAGUGUAACUUAUAAAUGGUCAAAAAUGUUUCUGCAAAUUAGAGAUUGUCCCUUAUUUCUUUUGUGCCUAAGAGAAAAAUAGGCUCAGUUGUGUUUAGGAAAAGGACUUCCUUAGAAUGAGAAAAGAAAAUCAUGAAAUAUUGAGUUGUUGCUGAUGUACAGAAAUUGUUUCUUAAAAGCUGUUCUGUUUUAAAAGCUGUUAUUUUAGCCUUUAUUCUCUCCCUUUAAGUGGAGAAACAAGUAAAAAUUUGAAACGGUCUUGUUUGAAUUAUUUUUUUCUAUCAGAAAUAACCAUAUGUGCUAACCAAAUUUCUGUGAAGAAUGUUUUCAUGGUUAUCAUUACAUCUAACUAUAACCUCCCUCAUAGUUAUGAGGAGUAACCUGAAAUGCCACUAUUACGGAAGUACAAGAAUUAUAAUUGUCAAAAGAAAAUUUUUUUUUCUUUCUUUUUAAAAAUUUUGUUUGUUUGUUUGAUUGAUUUUUUAUUUGAAAAAAAAUUUAAAGAAAUCUUAGAAGUACUACAUUAAAAAGAUACUGUGACUGCCUCUUGCUGUUUACCACCUAAUAACCCUCACAUGUGGUAUAGGGAAGUCUUACAGGUUUGCGGGAGAUGGAUGCAGUUGCCUCAGAAGAAAUGUUUUAUGUGGGUUUUUGUUUUUAUUUUUUGUUAGAUUUGGUGGGGGAUGGGAUAUAGCUGACAUUUUUUAACUCUUUAAUGGAGCCACUUUUUGUUAAUUACUGCCCUGUAAAUUGUGUAAUUCUAGAUUCCUUAUCUGCUGUUGUUGUACUUGUCUCAGGCCAAAUAAACUUAUGCUGUGGUUUUUACAAGACUUGUAUGAAGAUGCCCUGAUAUGUACAGAUUGACCAGGGGACUACUACUGCCAUGUAAUCUGUAUAGAUCCAGAUAAUUUGCCAUGAGCAUUCAAAGAAUGACAGUUUUUUGUAUUUGUCUUGUCUCCCUUUAAGAGCACACUCAUCUUCUGUAAGGAGAAAGGUAGCAUUCUGGCUAAAAUGUGUGGAAAGCAGAAUUACUACACUUAAAAUGCUGUUACUUUAGGGGAAAUUUUGCAAUUAGCUUUUUAUCUGAAGUGCCUUAAGUAGACUCUUAAUUUACUUUUCUAGUAACGGUUUAAAUAUCCUUUGUUAUGCAUUUUUAACACACCAUUCAAAACAACGCAUUAUAGUGGCAAAGAUAACUAAAUGUCUGGCUGUUUGCUUUUUGACCAUAUCAAUAAAUUUUUACAAUCUAAA